AUGGAAGCGGUCCCUGCUUAUCUAGAUGCCACCGCCGACGACAGCCGUCUGGAUUUCGGCUGUAUGGAGUACGGGUAUGUACGCCUCCCUCCUGUCGAUCUGUCUACACAGGCGCUACUGAUUGAUUCAUGGAGGUUUUCUGGUUUAUCGAGUUGUUCCGACCUGCGUAGGUGCAAGCAUUACAGGCGGAGGUGCAAGAUCCGAGCCCCCUGCUGUAAUGAGGUUUUUUUUUGCCGCCAUUGUCACAAUGAGUCAGUGGUACGCUUCUCUUCUCUGUUUAUUGCGUUAGGAAGCUGACGGUUCUUUCCUACUCGGGGGUGAUACUUAGUUGUCUCUUCUUUGGUUUUUUUUUUCUUCCUCUUUUGGUGCUGGUUGGGGGUCCCGUAAAAGGCUGAUCGGCAUGAGCUCCGCCGCCAAGAUAUUAAGAGGGUGAGUCCUCGGAUUCAACUGCUUGCUAAGCCUGAAAAAUCGAAUUAUUCGGCUCUGAUUUUCGUUCAUGGUCGUUCCAGGUGAUAUGUUUGAUAUGUGAUGAAGAGCAGACGGUAAAAUUCUGCACUGAAGCUCACGUGUCGCUCAUUGUUUUUCUUAUGACUUACUCUUCACUCGUUGGAGGGCACAUUCUCUGAGCUUUUCUUUUCUUUCUCAUCAGCCUGCACAAGUAUGCUCGAAUUGUGGGGUCAACAUGGGGAGUUAUUUCUGUCAUAUUUGCAAUUUCUAUGAUGAUGAUGUAAGCUAUCUAUCAUUUGAUCACUUCUCUACCGCUUGUUCGUUGUUGGUUUCCAUCUUGAUGCCUGAAGAUUCCUGUUUGAGUGUUUUGUUUGAGCGUUGCACCUUGCUGAAUUUUUCAGACGGAGAAAAAUCAGUACCACUGUAAUGACUGCGGUAUAUGCAGGUAACCCAUAUUUUCUCCUGAUUUCAUUUUUUUCGCCUCAACAUUACCCGUAUUGUUCGAGACUUGCAGUUAUUUAACUAUUUGAUUUCAAAAUUAGAGUUGGUGGCCGGGAAAACUUCUUUCACUGUCAGAAAUGUGGUAUGUAUUCCUUGUUGAUGGGGUUGAUUCAGUUUUAAUAUCUUCUUGGAGCAAUUACGUGCUCAUAGAAAUCUAACUACUUGUUUUACUCAUUUUCCUUUGUUUAAAUCCAGAUAAUGUAAGCCAGUCCAUUGGAAAUUUUAGGAUUAAUGUUAACCGUAGACUGUUUUUCCUAUGUCCUGAGGCCUGUUGGAAUUGUACUCGAAUUUACCAUGCCAAAUACAUUCUUGGCCUGCACUCUAUUUUUUGUUUGUUUUUGGAGGCAUGAUCUAGUUGGAUCUGUCCUUUCCAAAUAUACGGAUAAAACAAAUAGAACGUAGACAAGGUAGUAACGCUGUACCAGACUUUGCUUUUUAUGGCAAGGAAAGUUUCUAUUAAGAAAAAGACCAAAUAAGGUAAAAACUUUUUGGAAGAAUAUUAUCGGAAAAAACUACAUAUAUGUAACAGGAUACAAGUGAGAUAGAGCGACUAGAGAAAAAAAAUUGUGAUUGAAGGUGGUGAAUCCUUCACAUAUGAAUAGGAAAGUAAGACUACAAGAUAUGAAGUGGACAUCAAAUGCAACUGUAAACAAGACUGGUUUGGGGAUGAUUUCACAGCUACAUGCAAGAUUUACUGAGGUUCAAGGAUAAGGAGAAAGGGGGAAAAUGUAGGCUCAGAUGGAUCAGAAUGUAGUUUUCAACUUGGGUUCUAAUCGUCAGUAAACAGAGUUCCUAGUUCUGCAAAAAUUAAGAUUGCAUUGAGUGAAUAUGUCUCAAGGGGCUAGAAUAGGCUAUUAUAACCUUUCCAGCUCAAAUUAGUUAUGAUUUGUUCCUGUUGAAAGCGUGCUACUGGAACUUCUCAUAAACAAUCUGCCAAAUGCAACCUAGUAUUGAUUUCACAAGGUCAGAGGAUGUAAGUGGGUCCUGAUUUUGGAAGGCACCAUUCAAUUUGUUCAAAUUUUUCUGGAACAUGAGAAGAAUCAAGCCAAAUAGAGGAUUUUAGAAAAUCUAUUUGAACACCUAAGUGAAGAUUUCAUCAGACGGUGAAAGGGUGGAAAUGGAGCAUGAUUCUGAGUGGCACCAUUGUAUCUCCACGAAGGUGGUAAUGGCAACCUGUGUACGUUUCAUGUUUACGUCGAAAACCUGUGUACGGUUCAUGAGUAAGGCAACUGUUGAAGAUGCCAAUGAUUCUUUGACUCAUGGAGGUGACCCUGCACUAGAAAGAGUUACUACUGAGAAUGAGAUUCCUUACAAUGGCGUAACUGAUGGUGCUGUCUCAAGCUCAGGGUACUUAUGAAGCCAGGGAUUGUUUCAUGCAGAAUGGUGUGUUUUCAGUGGCAGAAGUAUAAGUGCUUGCAGAGUUGACUUUUUUUAACUUCCUCGAUAUUUCUCCGUGCAAAAAUAUUUUCCUUUCCAUCUCCUCUCUUAAUUUUAUAAAAAAAAAAGAGGUGUCCAGAUGGAGGGGCUCUUAGUGAGGAAGGAAUAUGGAUCAGGGGAACUCCAUGUGUGAUCUGAAAACACUUCAGAUGCUUGAGUUUAUUCAACACUUGGAAAUACUUGGCUUAUCACAAGAAAGUAUACCGAAUAACUGCUUCAGCUAUUUGUAAAGGCGGACUGAUUUUCUUGGAAAGGUAUAGAAAACUGUAGAUAGAAUUCCUUUGGCAAUGGUCCAAAGAUAAAAGGGUUAGGAAAAGCCCGAGGGUCCAAAUUCGACCAUAAUGGACUUGAAUUUUGUGGUAAUUAGUCAGACUCGAGUCUAGUUAAACGAUGCUGACUUGAACAAACGAAAAAUAAAUAUCUGCUUGAUUUUGGUUCAUUUGCUUCCACUCAUUUGCCCCUAUGUUAUGAGUAAUUUAUAUCUGAUUCCUAUGACUUUCUCUUCCAAAAAUUGCGUUAAUCCCCCUCAGAAUGUGCUUCCCAGGUGCUUGCUAUUCAACAGAAUUACGUGAUAAGCAUUCAUGUGUAGAAAACUCAAUGAGACACCAUUGCCCCAUCUGCUACGAGGUAUGUGCUCAUGCAGGAAUCUCAACACUUUAGAGUAACUGCACACUGAUUUCGAAGCUAUUUUGCAGUAUCUUUUUGACUCGCUGAAGGAGACGAGGGUUUUGAAAUGCGGCCAUACAAUGCAUUCAGACUGUCUCGAUGAAAUGCUGCUACAUAGACAGUAAUUGCCAUCUUCUUUACUCGUUUUUAUUUUCCCCGUUUAAUUGCGAAAUCCAUCAUAUCAUCUUGCAGAAUUCCUUAAAACUUCAUGAACAUAUUAUGCAGAUACGCGUGCCCAAUUUGCUUGAAGUCGAUGAUUGAUAUGUCCACAUACUGGAGGAAGUUAGAUGAGGAGGUUGGUACUCCAUUCUCCGAAGAAUAGUUGAUACAUUUUUCACUUGGGUACUGACAAAAUCAGGGUAAUGCGGCUGUUUUUAUGAGGAGACAUCAAGUCAUGUAUCAUGUUAAUAUCACUAAACUUUAUUCUGAAAUAAUCUUAGGCUUCAAGUUCCUGACGUUUUCCUUUCAAGAUCCAUGCGAUAUGAAGAUCAAAGAAAUUAUCUGCCAUAACUGACGAAUCCAGUGGAUCCUGGGUGCCUUUCUACCGCUUCUGGUCCCAAAUCUUUGGGGUUGCUUUUCCCAAUAAACGUUGGUUACAUUUCUUUACGUUAUCUGUCUUGGGUGCUUUUAGCAGUCCUCAAUCUGAGAGAGAGAGAGAGAGAGAGAGAGAGAGAGGUUGUGGUGGAUCUGAUUGACGAAAUGCAUAAAUUCUAGGAUCAUAUACUGUGAAAAAACAUUCUGAUGGUUCUUGAUUCAUAUUGAGAUGCCAUUUCUAGGUUCAUCACUAGGUUGACGAAAUAUGGCUUAUGAUGGCUCUAAUUUCUAGGAGAAACGCUGAUUUAUCUGUCUGAUCUUAAUACUUUUCAGGUUGCAGCUACUAUUAUGCCUGAUGAUUAUCUGACCCGGAAGGUAUGCAAUUUCUUACUUGUUCACCCAUAUUUGAGACAUUUUCCUUUUAGGAGUUGUUGAGAUGUGUGCUGAGCUCUCCAUCUUUCAUCUUAAACCCUAAAUCAUUUUGAUGCUGCUACCGAUUGAGGUUUGACCCAGACUAAUGGGUAAUAUCAUGGAGGUAGACAAAGCCCUUGACGCAUCUUUGUGGAAGAGAGUUGACCUCGAUCUGUGGGGGCCCCUUUCAGGUGUGGAUCCUCUGCAAUGACUGCAACGUCACUGGUGAGGUGGUGUUCCACGUUGUCGGCCAGAAAUGCCAGCAAUGCCACUCGUACAACACUCGCAUGGUUGCGCCUCCGGCCCUUCAUCAAUGCUAG